GAGAAGUAUUUUUGCGACCAAAAACGAAAAAUCAAAUUAGCAAAACAAGCAGAACGACGCCGUUGGAUUCUGCGGCGGCUGAUGUGUGUUUCUAUCCCUAAAUCAGAGUCAUUACUUUCUGACUCCAAAAAGACAGCGAGAGAGAGAAGAUGAAGUUACUAGGGUGGUGGCUGAUGCUUGUGGGCACGCUUCGAUUAGCUUCGGUGUGGUUCGGAUUCUUUGAUAUAUGGGCUCUUCAGCUCGCCGUUUACUCCAAAGCCACCAUGACUGAAGUUCACGGACGCACUUUUGGAGUUUGGACACUGUUGACUUGCACGCUUUGCUAUCUCUGCGCAUUUAACCUUGAUAACAAGCCUCUAUAUUUGGCGACAUUCCUAUCCUUCAUCUAUGCGUUUGGUCAUUUCCUGUCGGAGUAUCUGAUUUACCACACAAUGGCUAUUGGGAAUCUGACAACCGUUGGCAUUUUUGCAGGAACAUCAAUUAUUUUGAUGUUGUUGCAGUGGAAUUCACAUCAACCAGCCAAGGCUAAGCAUCAGUGAGAUAAAGCCUAUGUGUAGUGAUAUUUAUCAGCUAAAGCCAUAACCAAACCAGCAAGAGCCUGGCGCGAGGCUUAGAGCCGAGGAUCGAGCUGCAUGACCCGGCAGCACAGGUGGGCGCAAAGGCCGGGGCUCGAGGCUCAUGGAAGAGCCGCGCUGUGGAUGCUCUUAGCUCUUAUUUGGUUUAUUUGUCGUACCUUUGUAUGCCAACUAUAUUCCAUUAGUUUCUUUAGCUCUUUGGUCCAAUGAGACGUAUAUAUUUUUCUCUAUUUCUUGUAGUGUAUUAUGAGCCUUUUUUUAGCUUUUACACUUUAUAAAAUUAUAUUCUCUCCCA